CCCAUCCCUUCCCCCGCUUCCUUCCGCCGCCUCUCGCCGCCCGGCGCGGCCCCGUUCCCCGCGGGGGGGGCUGCGGCUCGGCUCCCUCCGGCCCCGCGCUGCCCAUGGGGGGCAAGCAGAGCACGGCCGCCCGCUCGCGGGGCCCUUUCCCGGGGGUGUCGACGGAUGACAGCGCCGUGCCGCCGCCGGGGGGGCCGCCCCCCUUCGGCCAUUACCGGGCGGGCGGCGGCGGCGCCAUGGGGCUGCGCAGCCGCUCCGUCAGCUCGGUGGCCGGCAUGGGCAUGGACCCCGCGGCCGCCGGAGCCGUUCCCUUCGGGCUGUACGGCCGCGCGGCGGGGGAGGCCGAGCGGGCCCCGGGCGGCGGAGGGCCGGGGACCGACUCCACGUACGCCCAUGGCAACGGUUACCAGGAGACGGGAGGCGGUCACCAUAGAGACGGGAUGCUCUACCUGGGCGCCCGGGCCUCGCUGGCCGAUGCGCUGCCCCUGCACAUCGCGCCGCGCUGGUUCAGCUCGCACAGCGGUUUCAAGUGCCCCAUUUGCUCCAAAUCUGUGGCUUCUGACGAGAUGGAAAUGCACUUUAUCAUGUGUCUGAGCAAACCUCGCCUCUCCUACAACGAUGACGUGCUGACCAAGGAUGCCGGCGAGUGUGUGAUCUGCCUGGAGGAGCUGCUGCAGGGGGACACGAUAGCCAGGCUGCCCUGCCUCUGCAUUUAUCACAAAAGCUGUAUAGAUUCCUGGUUUGAAGUGAACAGAUCUUGCCCAGAGCAUCCUUCUGAUUGACCUGCUGGGCGUGCUUGCUGACUUCUCUCUAAGGAAAAAACCAACCAACCAACCAACCAACCGCAACAGCAAACCUUGGAACAUCCAGGAGAGACAGUGUGAGAAGAGCAAAGCGACCCGCUCUCCCUGCAGCCACGAGGAGGGAUCCAGCACCGAGGGAGCCGCCGUCCUCGGCCCGACGCUGCCAUGAUGUUUGGCUUUUGUCCCCGCGCGGAGCGGCGCUGCCGGGGAAGCGGCCAAACGGAGCGCGCGGCACUUCUCACCGGCUCGCCUGGCGCCCGUGGGCUCCGCUCGGUUUUUGCACUGACUACACGGGAAUUUCCUCCUCUCUCCCGUUCUCCCUUUUGGAGAUCUCCAGCCCGGCCCCGGCAGCGUGUGAUGGGGACUCUGCCCCACGCCGGGAGCGGGGCCGCCGCUCUGCCCCAUAGCGGGGUCUGUCUUUCAAGUGUUUACAAUGAGAAAAAAGAAAAAAAAAAAAAAAAAAAAGGAACAAAAAACAAACAAAAAAAGAAACAAAAACAACAACAACAAAAAAAAAAGAGAAAACCGACAAAACCGAGAAAAAAAAAAAAUUAUUAUUAAAUGAAGCUUCGUGUUGACUGGCGUGUUCUUCGAUUUGAGCUUCCCUGCCCCGGUGAUGUUUACAGACUGGUCACUCUUUAACUCAGCUAUAACCACUCAGAGACUGGACAGCCGCAGCAUCCCCGCCCCCCCGCCGUUGCCAAAACCUCCCUCCCUCCCAUCGAACCCUUCGAGGAGGGGACCUGGGGGUCCUCCUUGGGCCCCGCCAGCGGCCGGCAGGUGAGGACCCCCUGUUUUAUGGCCGUGCCCCCAUCCCCGUCCCCUCCUGGCGCGGCGGGCGCAUUGUCGUUGGUGAGACCUCCCCUGCCGGUGGCCGUGCCCCCGCGGGAAACGUUUCUGUAUUUAUAUAUUAAAAAAAAAAUGGGGGGGGGGAAACGAGUUCAGAGCUUGGGGGAGCUUCCUUCAUUAGUCAAGGUGUUUUGAUAUGGUAUUAAAACAAUGUUCAAUAAAAUAUUCACUGUUAUUUUA